GCUCCUGAAAAUUCUCUGCCUGGCAGGCAAGAAUCGGUUGUGUUUUGCAAGGAGUUUUCUGCUUUGGAGAACCUUAGCUUUCUAAUCUGUCCCCCUAAACUCCUUGUGUGGUAUUUUUUGUCCUGGGGAAAAGCGUGGUUUAGAAAGUUGUGUUUUCUGAUUUUUCGCCCAAAUAUCUUUGGGAGGGUUUGUUUUUUUUAAACUCAGCUCAGCUGUAUGACUCAGAUCAUGUGAUCCCCCUGCAAGAUUUAAGGUUGCCGUAAGCAGAACUGGUUAAGUAACUGGUAACCGUAAAGUUUUGAAAGCCCCGUGGUCCUGUCACGCCAUGGAGUCUUCUACAGACACAGCAGAUUAUAUUCUUCAGCCUCCGGUUUUUCACCCGGUCCUUCCCUAUAUCACCACCAUUUUUGGCAGCCUGGUUCCUGGGAGAAUGGUUCUGCUGCAGGGCACAGUCCUAAUGGAAGCAGCAAGGUUCCAGGUUGACUUUCAGACUGGCUGCAGCCUGAGCCCACGGGCCAAUAUCGCCAUCCACUUUAAUCCCCGGUUCCAUCCACAGCCUCAUGUCAUUUGCAACGCUCUAAGCAACGGCCGCUGGAUGGAAGAGACAAAGUUUCUUAACCUGCCUUUGAAAAGAGGGGACUCUUUCCAGCUUCUGUUCCUCUUUGAGCAAGAAUACAUGAAGGUGAGCGUGAACAGCCUUCACUUCCUCCAGUAUCGCUUCAACAUGCCACUGGCCCUGAUAAACACUCUGGGAGUCUCUGGUGGCAUCUUUGUGAAAACCAUCGCUUUCCUGGCCAGCAAUCCCUUUGAUUCCAGCCGAACAGGAUACCCUAUGGCCCCGCAUCUGCAUCUAAACAACCCUAGUCUGAUUGUUCCUCUGACCCGCCUGCUCCCCCACACCCUCAAGCCCGGAGAUGUGAUCACAGUGCGAGGGCUGGUGCAUCAGGAUCCAAAAGAGCUCCGCCUCAGCUUGAAGAAGGACCCCUCUCAUGACAUCUUGAGCUUUAGUGUUUAUUUUGGGGACCAAACUGUGUUGUGGAAGUCCUCUGCAGACCAAAAGCAAAACUCUGGGGAGAAAUUGGUAUCCUGUUUUCCCUUCCACCCACAACGAUACUUUGAGCUACUCUUCCACUGCGAAAAGGACCAUCUGAAAUUGGCAUUGAAUGGGGCACCACUUGGACAGCGACACUUUCCUUUACCUCCCGCUGAACCCAUCACAGAGCUGGCAGUCGAAGGAGAUAUGACACUUUACAGCAUCCUGUGCUGAAUUUGCCCCAGUCAAGUCUGGCUCCAUUCCUGUUUUUCCAAGACUGAAGUUGAGCUAUGCACCACUGGGUGGUUCUCCUGUCCUGCUUUUGUAUGCAGCUGGAGAAAGAGGAUGUUGGAAUAUACCUGUGUAUGCACAAGUUUCCCUGAACUUAGAAAGCUAGUUUGACAGGCCUAAUGGUAGGCUGGAAACUUCAUUCCUAGCUUUCUGUUUUCUAGAGAGCCAGUUUGGUGUAGUGGUUAAGUGCGUGGACUCUAAUAUGAGAGAACCAGGUUUGAGUCCUCACUCCUCCUACACAUGGACCUACUGAGUGACCUGAGGUCUGUCACAAGUUAUCUCAGAGCUGUUCUUUCAAGAGCUCUCAGAGCUGUUCUCUUUCAGAGCUCUCUCAGCCCCACCUACCUCACAGGGUGUCUGUUGUGGGGAGGGGAAGAGAAAGGAGAUUGUAAGCUGGUUUGGACACCAAGUAAAGGGCGGGGUAUAAA